UCUGUCCAUCUAAAACAGGUGUCCAAUUCCCAUGUAGGCGCACGUAUAGAGUAUUGCGUAUUCAGCCGAACGGGAUCACCGAAAACUCGCACUGAAAUUUCAUCCCGGCACAGAAUUCAGACUUCAGUAUCGUCACUCCGCCGAGGAAGUCAGUCGUGUCCACGCUCCCGAUGCGUGCGGUUCCUGCAGGUUCGUCGGAUAGAUAGAUCGAAAAAAACUUUCGUAUUCAUGGCAUUGAGACAGUGACUAAUAGUUUUUUUUUUAAUUUAAGAUUAAAAAAAAAUGUAGUAGUGAAAUAAAAAUAAUUAAAUAGUGCUUUCACAUCAUUGAAAAUAACAUUUAAUUUGUACUGUGUUAUUGAAAUUCAGAUGUGUUUGAAUGAAUCCUUUGACAGUGAAAUGUUUGGAUUAUUAUGGUGUUUAAUUUCGAAUUGUAUUUAGUUAUUUGGAUUUUGUUUACGGUGGAUGCGUAUUCAAUUUAAGUAGUUGGAUUUAUUUUAUGAAGUGGUUAUUUUGGAUUGUGGAAAUUAUGCCUUGAUGUCAGAGGUGAAUUCACUGGACUUAUGAAGAGUAAAGAAUUUCAUAUGGACUACAAUAUACCAGUGAAAUGUGAAAGUGUAUUCGACGUGUACAUAAGUGUUGAGAGUUAAGUGGAUACGAUGGCACGGACGACUGGGUUUCUUAUAGUGUUAUGGAUCUCUAUUAUCCCUUCACAUCGAGCUGAUAAUUUAGAAUUGCUCCUCGGCACACUCCGAACACACCAGAAGGCCGCGUGCGACGAAGAGAUGGUGACCCUCAUAUGUCCACGGGGAACUACAAUUAGUAUACAAGUAGCACAAUAUGGGACGUCGGCGUCCCAGAGCUCCUGUUCCUCGGAGCUGACGGAGUACCAGCCCGUGGCGGUCGAGGUUGUUGGAGACACCACGUGUACGUGGCCUAGUGCUUUACAGUAUUCCUUGUUGCAGACGGUGGUCGAGGCCUGUCAGAAGAAGAGGCAGUGCAAGUUCCACACCAGCCCUAAAGCCUUCGGGGUCGACCCGUGCCCGGGGUCAAGAAGGUUCGUCGAAGUAGCGUACAAAUGCCGUCCUUAUGAGUUCCGAAGUAAAGUGGGCUGUGAAAACGACGUGCUUCAUUUAAGCUGUAACCCACACUCGAGGGUGGCCAUAUAUUCAGCCCAGUACGGCAGGACGGAGUACGACUCGAUACAAUGCCCGCAGCCGCGGGGGAUGAAGGAGGAAACAUGUUUGGAGCCGUACGCCACGGAGACGUCCAUGAGAGAGUGCCACGGCAAGAGACGCUGCGUUCUCUCUGCGGACAGCAAGAUGUUCGGUCAGCCGUGCCGCGCGGGCAGCAGGACGUAUCUGAAGGUUGUUUACACGUGCGUGCCGCGGACGGUCUUGAAGGAGAGAUACGAGAGUGCCCCUGAAGAGGACGAAGUCGCUCACGAUGCAUCCGAUCUUGAACACGAAGAUGUUGAUGAGACCAACGACCGGUGGUGGGGCGAGUCAGCAGUGCCGCCAGCGCCAGCGGUCGCCGCCGUUCCACCACAACGACCUUCGAUGGUCACCAACAUUACCAGAGAGGAGCCGUCGCCUACUCCGCCGAGACAGCACGUUUCUAAUGAAGAACCAUUCGACAUGAUGUACGUCUACAUAAUCGCUGGAGCGGCGGGAGUGUGCCUGCUAUGCGUUAUCAUCGGCGUCGCAAAGUGUUUGUUACACAAAAACACCGCCGACCAACCGAAAGGCCCGGACGUUUCCGCCUCCACGGACAUCCCUAACGGAUUCAACGACAGUAUAUCGGAAGUCGAUAACGAUAUAAACAUCACUAGCCUCUCCGGACCGGUGGACACCGUCGACUCCAGUCUGAAGCAGGAAAUGCAAAUCCAGAGUAUGGUAACUAACCUGAGUCCAAAAAUCAAUCGAUACGUCGGCCGACCGGUGCCUAAUACGUAUCCCCAUGUCAGUACGAACAUGUAUGGACAGGUGGCUGAAUUCCCCGUUGAAAUGCCUCUGCGAACUAUGCCUCAUGGUACGUUAGGACGCGGCGUUGCGGUUAAAACCCUGCCUAGAGUUCAAAUGCACGCGGAAACCGACCCUAACACAAGGAGUUUGUAUCGAUAUUCAAAUGCCCAGUACUACUUCGGGUGACAACAAGACAGUGGGCAAUGCCCGGACGUGUCCAGGACUUACUGUUUCUAGUUGCGUAGUGGACGGAACUUUGUAUUGUCCUACUUUUAAAUACAGAAACUGUGAUAUUAAUUGAAACUUUCCUAUUGUACCGCGUGUUUUUUUUUUCUUUCGAUCUUUUCACUUAGGAAGCGCUGUGUAUUUUAUAAUAAUUAUAAUAUAAUUUUGUAAAUUUGUCCCGCGCUAAACAAUGAUUUACUUAUAUAAAACACACUAAAAUCAAUUUGUUACAGUACUGUAAUACACCGUCAUCUAACUAGAAAUCUUUAGCAAUUAUACAGUAAUUAAAAUAAUUAUACAGGGUGCUCGGGAGUGUUUCCCAUAACUCUAGGGUUAUAUUAAAAAGAAAUAUUCAAAAUAUUCAAGGAACAUGUGUUCUAAGAUGAAUAUUUUUGUAGUAAAUAAUAUAUCUUUUGUAAAUAGAUCUUAAAAUGUGUCCCUUAUUCGCAUCCUUAUAAUUAUAAAGUAGCGUAUUUUACGUAUUUUAAAAUGCAACGAUAGUUAAAGACGUGUGUUACAUGGAUAUUCGAAAUUAUUUGAAUUACUUUGUAAGAAAAAAUUGUAAUAAAAUAUUAGAUAAGCAGUUUGGUUCCGAUAAGUGGACUCGUCAACACCUUGAUGUUAUGGAAAAUACUCCCGAGCAACCUGUAUAUGUUUGCCAAAUCUAUGUUGACAUACAGAGACUAAGUAAAACUGAUAUAGCUGGCAGAAUAGAUUGUGGAUCCUACUCGUAAUGCAUCACCAAAUCAGUCGACUUGACGACACCAACCAACCGCUUGAUAAUAGCUUUAUCGGCGCCUUUACAUCUCUCGAAUAAGUUGGAAGUGGGAAGAGUGUCGCUUGACUUGUAGUCGGGUCAACAGAUUUGUACUCAUUGCGGGAGUCAACACUUACUUUACAGAAUGUUGCAACCGCAAACGCAUUAAAUUGUAUCAAGUCGAGGUCUGUGUAGGCCUUAUGAGUUAGUAAAACCAACAGCAAAGAAAAACAAACUUAUUCUCAAGAAAAGCCUGUUUGUGACAGCUAAAUAAUUAUUGUGUUUAUUCAACUUUUGGAAAAGAAAGUUUUGCGCGGAAUUACUUUUUCCUCAAAGCGGAUAUUAAGCAUCUUUUACUUUGUUAAACAUUUGGAAAGAUUGUUUCAUUCUUAAAUAUAUUCAUUCUUUAGAACGGCUGUUACAGAAACUUUACGUUUAGUUAUAUUUGAAAAAAUAUUUAACGGUGAAUGAAAUUUUCUUUAGAGUUGUUUUAAAACUUUACGUAUCCAAUUCGUAAAGCGAAUAUUAGUCUAUGUAAAAUUUACUGAUAAGGCCUCUACAGACCUGCCAACUUUUAUUUCCAACUCAGGUUGGCAACGGAAGUUUUCGCACGACUUUGUUUAACUUCGAGGUUGUUUAGCUUGUUGACAGGCGCUCUUUACCUAUUAACUAGGUUGGAGUUUGCGGCAUCCGACAUGUUGACACACCUGAAAGUCUGUAUUUAAUUUAUUAAUGUAAAUUUAAAUGUCCUUCUAUUUCUCCAAGACCAAACGUAUUUGCAGUGUUUAUUCUUGAUUUGAUUUAGUACUCUGAUUAUUUGGUCAAAAAGUCCGGAUUCGAAAAUGGCAUUAUAGCGUAAGUAUACCUAAAUACAUAUAUUUGAAUUUACUUUUUUAGAAAAAAUAAUCCGAUUGCGGACCUCUUCAGCUUUGGGAUUUAUAGAUAUAUUCGAAGAUUUCGAAGAUAUACCAAUCAAAAAGUGUAAAUAGCUCAAUGUAAUAAUACCAAAUUACAUAUAUAUAUUUAUAUAGCUUAAAGUGUCGCGAAGCUGUAGUGGCAAGGGGCGGGCACAUGGUUCGAAGAGAGGAUAUACGUUGGCGUCCUAAGGUGCUGGAAUGGCAACCCCGCACUAGAAAGCGCAGUGUUGGCCGACCCCCAACCAGGUGGACUGACGACAUCAAGCGAGUCGCAGGGAUUUGCUGGAUGCAGACGACUCAUGAUCGUGAUGUUUGGAAGUCCCUAAAAAAGGCCUGUGUCCUGCAGUGCACGUCCAUUGGCUAAUAUGAUGAUGAUAUAUCUACUCAUAAAAUAUAAAUUGUUACUGACUAUCAGAGCUUUUCAGUUACAAGCGGCCAAUCUUACCUAUAGAGAUUGGUAUAAUUAUAGAUCUGAUGAAGAAGCAAGUCUACCUAACCGUUAAAUAGCUGGGCCACUGUUUUAGUUCGGAAUGUCACAAGUCACAAAACAAAAUCAUACAAAAUGUGUUUGUUGUUACACUAUCGCACUACAACCAAAACUAAAUGGUCUUCAUGAAAUAGGAGGACUAAUGCGAACUUUUGAUCUAAGUACACGGCGUUUUCCUGAAAAUGAUAGAAAUAUUGAUAAUUUGUAAAAUCGUCUUUAUAUUUAUGAAUGUUUUGAAAUAAAUGAGUAUAGUUAAAUUAAUUUCCUAUAUAAUUAUACCAUCACCUACUUUAUAGUUUGAUUGUAAAAUGUAGGUGAGCGUAGUGUUGCAGACAUUGUGAGAUCUUUAAAUCAUAUUAUAUAAAAAGUUUUGUUGACCUUCGAGCUUGUCUAGUUAAAUCAUACGUAAACAAAAUUAAAAGUUAUAGUCUAAGAUCCGGUGUUACAAAUAAAUACCUUCAUCUGUAAUUUAUUUGGGAUAAGAAAUAAAUAUAGUUAAUAUACACAGUGGCACAUUGCUAGUAGGUUAUUUCCAGAUAUAUUUUUCAUACAAUAUCUUUAAUACAGGAAAUCUAGUAAAUAUCGUAUAAGAUUUGUAAAAGAAUUACAUGACUCGAGAUUUUUUAACCAUCGGUAAGGAGCAACCCAACAAGCUUAACUUUAGUACAUCGACCGCCCAGAAUGAAUGGUUAAAAAAUCUCGAGUCAUGUAAUUAUUUUACUCAUAUUUCCUAGAUUUCUUGUACUACUAGGAUACCAUGAACUAGAUCAAAGGCAACUUGUACAGUAAAAUUAAACAUAGAAUAAGCUUUAAUUUAACAUAUUAAACCAAUAAAUAACUGAUGGGGGUAGGUUAGUUUAUAUCUGGCAACCCCACAGGGAUCAGUGUAUAAGCAGACAACCUUUACGUUUUCAAUUACGUUGGGUAUAUUAUUUUAUUAGUUAAAAUUGGUACGAUUUUGGUAAAUUAACCAAUGAGGGAAGUAGAAUAAAUAAAAUUAAUACAACUAGGCUACCUAUUUGCAAUGUGUCACUGUGAAUAUUUUUAUCUGUCAUUUAUUUAUUAUCCCAAAUAAAUAACAGAUGAGGGUACAUAUUUCUAAUGCCGGUUCUUGUACUAUUUUAGGUAAUUUACAGCUGCAUGAUGUUAUAGAUCAUAAAAUAUUUUUUUACACAAUCGUUAUCUAAAACUUUUGUAAUUAUAUGACAACUAACUAUGGUGACCCGUGCGUUAUUCUGCCAUAAAGACGUAUUUGAUACAAAAAUACUAAAAUCACCAUGAAAAAUUUGGGUAGGUCGUAGGUCGGUCAUGAUAGUAUUAAUUAAACUCUCGAUCAAUUCACCAAUUUUUUUUUUAAUGCGCUUUCAUUUAAGACCACACUCGAAUAUACAUAUUUGAAGAGGUUAUUUUUCCCCAAUUUCAACCCCCAGAACUUUUAAACGGCUCAACCGUUUUUCAUCAAACUUGUCUGAGAAUACUUGCACAUAAGUUACCUUUCAUACAAAACAAACUAAAUUGAAAUCGUCUCAUCUGUUUGUGAGAUAUGGUGCCACAGACAGACUGAAACGUCAAAUUUGUAACACCUCUCUUUUGCGACAGGGAUUAAAAAUAGAAUGUUUUUAUUCUACAGUGUUUUCUGUUAGCAACUUGUUAUAAUUUGUAAACAGUAAAAGUCAACAGAGUUAUAGGCACUAAUCAGAUUAUACAGUAAUUAAAUGACACCGUAAUUAAUGUAAGCUGCCAGUCUGAACGACUGAUGAGAUAGUGAAAAUUACAGUUGAUUGAUCGAUGAAUAACGGUGAACCCUCAUUCGCACGAGAGUUUUUUUAACGGACUUCAAAAAAAGCGCUCAAAUACAACAAGUGCAUUCCCAAGUAUAUGUUCACACGACAAUGUUUUUAAAACACAAUUUAUUAUCGAGCAGCGUUGCGUUUUCAAUUUUGGCCAUUGGAAAUAGACCAAUAGUUAAAUUAAGAACGUAAAUAAAAGCGCCAACGCUGGGUUUAAGAACUCAUUCGCACGAGUUUUUUUUUAACGGACGUUAAAAAGCGUUCAAAGCGUACGAAGUUAAAUGAAGGUCUAUUUGGACCGUCCAAAAUUGAAAAUGCAACACUGCUUGAAAAAAGCGCUGUGUUUUAAAAACGCUGUCGUGUGAAUAUAUACGUACCGCUUUUUGAAUCUCGUGCGAAUGAGGACUAGACUUUUGUUAAAUAUUUAUGAGCAGGUUGAUACUGUAAGUAUUAAAUAUUGCUCUAUGAUAUUUUUUUUAUUAGUGCUAGACAAGCUCUUAAGAAUUAAAAUAAUUGCCUUCUUGUUAAAACUUGGCCUUAAAAUACGAAAUGAUUUAAUUAUAUUAUUAUUAUAGAAUAUGUACUGUUAGGUUUCCUUAUUAUAAAACAUGUGGUUUUGUAAAUAUUCUAAAAUAAAUAUUAAAUGUAUUAAUGUUAGGUAUUUUAAAUAUUUAUUAUAAUGUUUGUGAAGUACUACUUUUCAUUUAUUUUUUAUCAUAUUCAUUUAGUUACCUAAAAGUUACACCUAAUCAGACUAAUAAUUUAAUAAAUAAAAUAAAAUGCAAUAAAAAAUUUAAAUCAAUAUAAAUGAAAAAUUCAAAGAAAUAUGUGUGUUGAGUAUAUUAUUAUUUAAUCAUAUGUUUUACUAAAACAUAAACUAAUUGACUGUAACACAAAUAAAAUAAAUUGGGAUACAUAAUUAUAAUUGUAUUGACUCUAUUAUAAAUAUUUAUCCUAAUUAUUUAUUUUAUUUUAUAAUGUAAUCUGAUCUGUCUGGAAUGAAAGAUUUACAGAAAAGUAUUACAUUGUAAUAGUGUAACUUAAUUAUACAAUAGUAAUCUGACUGAAAAGUAGAAUUUUAAUAUAAUAAUUCUGUUGAUACCCAUAGCGUGCAGCAGCUUUUUAAUUGAAGGUAAAAAUGUUAUAUUUCAAGGAUAUGUAGUUAGAUAAUUUUUUUAUUUAAAAAUAUAAUUGUGUUACAAUGACUGACCUCAGAAAUUGGUUGAUAGAUUGUAAGCAAUAAAAAUAAUACUGUACAGAUAAAUUUUUAUGUGGUACAUCGAUUUACAUUAAAAUUAAUGCACAACAAAA